AGUUACCAAGGAAACUUUUGCAACUGAAAGCAGACCUACCCCCCCAAUCAUACAAUGGUAUGGAGGGGUGGGUGCUGCCCCGUUAACCCUUUCUAGGCGGCUUGGCUUUGCUAUGCUGAUGGUAAAGUGCCACCCAGUGGGUGCAUAGCUGUGCAUGACUGGCAGACAGGAACGUUAGCCAUGUUAAUGCUUUAUUAUUUGCCAGUGAUUACAUUGACAGUAGCCAGUGCCAGUUACACUAACCCAGAACUACCCACACACACUGUGCUGUGCAAAUACUGCGCUAUUGUGCCUUACAUUCGGCAGUUGGAGUUUCCAGCUUCUCUCUAUUCACUUGUCUCACUAGAUCCCUGUAGCCCCGGGUUACUCCUCACUACACCCUCUGCUAAAUAUAGAAGUUGGCACCUGCACUACCCAAUUGCCCAAUGGCUCUGGCACUUAAUCUGUUUGGAGAAGGAUCAGUGCUCGGCACAUCAGACCAGAGACCCAUAAAACUAACACAAGCCAUACCCAGCCUUAGAAGGUUCCAUAUACCCCUGGUGCAAUCGCUGCAUCUGUGGGGUUUAACGUAUAAACUCUUUUCUGCAACAAUAAAGCUUUAGCUCAUGAUGCAGAGUAAUGUGAAAUAUUGUUAUGUGCCACUCGAUUUGCUAGAGGGGGGUGUAUGGGCAAAAUGACCAAAAUUAUGUUAUUCCUGCGGUUGCCUCAAUAGGUACUGAGACUUCUAGUUGCAUGUAAUGUGCAUCCCAAGCAUUGCACCUGUGCAUCCCUGACUGCACUAAUUGUAAUGAGUGGGAGGGGCUUUGCCCUGUGUGGGCUGUUUGCCUGCUGCCCCGGGGUGAGGCUCAGUACACAAGGGCAGGCAGCCCCAGGUUAAUCUGUCACUUGAAAGCUUCUGAGGAAUGUUGGGAUGAGGGGAUGCUGAUUGGAUAACAACCGCCCAAUCAGAAGCAGGCAUUAGAUGUAUAGGGGACAGCCGGUUUGGAGAGUCCCAGCAUUAGACUGACAGAAGGUGUUGGGGUAACUGCUUGCUGUUUGCUCACAGUCAGUCAGUUACAGUCGGGCUUUGCCAACGGGAUCCAGCUGGUUGCUUUCUGCGCAUCACCUUUUGGGAUUAGGAGAGACAUAGCUGCAGUGUGGGACAUGGCGGUACAGAUGUGCUACCCUCAUUUCCCCACUUAUGGAUAUGAUUGGCAGGGACACUGCCUACCAGGGGAGUCCGACUUUGACCUGCAGGAGUUCCGAGAUGCAGUGGAUCAGUUUAUUGCAGAUCAGCCCUCUCUCAUGCAGCCUGGCCUUGGGUCCUCAGGAUUCCAGCUCCCCUGUAACGGGUCAGUGUUUGAGCCCUGUAUGACCGACACCCUCCAACCUCAGCCGGACCACUUGUUGCCCAUUAGUGUGCAGUCCAUCCCCUCCACUGAGCAAUACUGGAGAGAUGUGGCUGAUCACAACCAGAAAGCUCUGGGGGACGCCUUGGUGGAGAACAACCAGCUCCAGGUGAGCCUGACUGAGAAACAGGAGGAGAUCGCUUCCCUGAAGGAGAAGAACAUCCAGCUAAAUGAACUGGCCAACCAAGCAAAGCAUCUGGCUUCUGUCCUUGAUAAACUGAUGAAAGAGCGGCCAAAGCAUAGUUCUGGGGCAACUCAGGGGAGACUCCCAGUGAAACGGAGCCUAGAGGACUUUUACCCCCAGAGCAAUGAGCCGGACUCUACCCAGGUGGAUGAAAUACUGAGGGAAAUCUCUAAGAAAUGCAAUAUAGCCUUAAUGGGCAAUGAGCUCAGUGAAAGCAAGCGCCCCAGGCUGGAGCCUAUGGACACAAUGGGUUGGCAAGAAGAAGGCAUAACUAAAAUUAAAAUGUGUGGUGCAUUUAAUGGACUGAAAACAUCUACAGGGCUGAACUCUGUCAACUUGGGUGAAACAGAGCUAGAAGAAGAUGUCUCCUUCAGAACAUCCAUCAAAGAGCACAGCACAAUCAGGACUUUGGCAUUUCCCCAGGGAAAUGCUUUCACCAUUAGGACUGCUGCUGGGGGCUACAAAUUUAGAUGGGUCCCCAAUUAAGGAUGACAACAAUCAGCUAACUACACUUCCACUACUGUACCCAAAAAUUCCUGCCUUGUUUGGUACUUGCACUCCAUUGUGCAGCACAUCUAACCUGCCACCAGAGGGCGCACAAUGACCUCUGUUUUAUUUGUUGCCAUUUGUACUGUUGAAUUCCUGCCAAAUGAAUGCUCAGGUGCAAAACCAGGAGACUCCCCAGACUUUUUUUCUAUAUUAAUUUCCUUAUCUCAUAUGAAGGAUUUUUACAUUGCUAUUACUAUAAAUGUUAUUAUUUACUCUCCAGGAUAAUAGGGCUGGUUAUCUUCCCGAUCCUCUCAGUUAUAGCCACUGGUGGCUACACUUUUACUUGCAUGAUGAAACAUGUAUAUGCCCAUUGUAUGUAAACUAUACAUUUUAAUUUGCACUUUGAUUCACUGAAAAAACAUUUGUUUGAAUGAGAAUUUUGCAAGGUUGAAUCACUUGCAUUCAACAAAGGAAGGACCUGCCUGCACAGUGUUAAUUAAAAAGCAGUUUUUUAAAGUCCACAAUAACCCAUUAAGUGCAAAAAUAUAUAGGCACACAAGGUAGACCUGUGACUGCACUGAAACCAAUUUAUCCCUAUCACUUAUAUAUAUAUAUAUAUAUAUAUAUAUAUAUAUAUAUAUAUAUAUAUAUACUUGUGUAAUUGCUGCUUUAAAGGUAAUGUAAGUAACAUUUUUGACUUACAAAAUAACAUAUAAAUAGCUGUAAAUAUCUUGUUAUAAAUCUCAGUUGCUAGAUUUAUUUUGUUAAUAUAAGAAUGUCUUUGUAAUUUAAACACACUGAUUAUAUUUGUUUUUUUUUUUUACAGCUGUUAUUUUUUAUAUAAGGAAACUUUUUUUUAUUCCAUUUUGUAUUAUAUGGACCUGUUUUCUAAGUAAAAUAAUUUAUAUGAAAAAA